AUGGUUCAGUAUUUUUUAUCAAGAGUAGAUAUAAAGCUCCACCAACGUCAACAACAGCAAACGUACAACAUUAUUAACGAAAACCUCAGCAGCAGCAGCAACGUCAUCAACAACAACACCAUCAACACCAUCAACAACAACAUCAACAACAACAACAUCAACAACAACAACAUCAACAACAACAUCAACAUCAAAAACAUCAACAACAACAACAUCAACAACAACAUCAACAUCAAAAACAUCAACAACAACAACAUCAACAACAACAUCAGCAUCAACAACGAUAAAAUAGAAACUUGGAUAGAAAGAAGUGAAUCGAACAGUACCGGUAUUGUAUCACAAUCGCAUCGGUAUUGUAUCGGAAUAUCGGUAUUGUAUCACAUCACCGAUAUUGUAUCAUACCAUCAGUAUAGUAUCGCAUCUUCAGUAUUUUGA